AUGGCCAUGGAACAGACUGGAAUUCGUGCUACUUUGACACCUUGCGAGGCUGAGUGUGACCAUGCUGCGGGGUAUGCCACGGGCAUUCCCCGCGCUCUUGUGGGACGGGCCAUGGACAAGGAAGAUGGCGUUACCGACAUUUACCAGACGCCAUGA